UCUACUUUUUGACGAUCGCUCUACGUUAUCGACGCUUAUCAAGUUCGUCGCUCGCUCCGGCAUCCUCUUAAAGCUUAAAUUUCGAUUAGAGCUUAAAUCUUCAUUGUAAACCUCGCUUUACAUGCAUUUCUCGAUGGUAAUGAUACCGUCGAAAAAUGCGCCUAAUGGAGGUAGUUUAGACGCAUUGUCAGAGGGCGUAUCAAAAUAUGUUCCUCUGAAAUCGUUAUGGAAUAGCCGCUCUUAGGCUUUUCUCUAGCAUAACUAAUAGCCAACUUUAGGACAUAAAAAGAGGGAAAGAGACUAAGAUAAUCCAAUCUCCUUGUGAACAUAAAUUUAAAUUUAAAAUAACUUCAUGUAUGUAUUAAAACAGAUAUAUAUCAUAGAAAACUCUUAACGUUUAUUUCUAUAAUCAUAUAUUAAAAAAAAAAUCAAAUUAAAAUAAAAAUUGUGAUAUAGCAAUUGAAAUAACUUCAUUAAGUUGCUUGUUAUCUGUGUGGGAUGAAUAGAAACUAUGAGUGCAGAUAAACAUGAAGACAUUUUGGAAGGAAUAUUUGACAGACAAUAUAAGAAAUUGCAUGAACUCAAUGUGGCCACAUUAUUGAUAAAAGCUAAACAAAGUGUAAAAGAUGAACUUCAGCAAAUGCACAAUGAAGUACAGAAAAUCUCAUAUGAUAUUCAAGGUAUGAGAAAGGAUCUAGAAAAAAUAAAGAAGCAAAAUGUUCAUCUUAGGGAAUUAACAUCGCUAAUUGAUGCAUUAGAUAAAAAUAUUAAACACCAAAAAGAAAAUGUCCCGCCAGAGUUGAUACAAGGUUACUUAAAUGUAGAAAAGCAAACAUGUUCUCAAACCAGUGUUACUCCUGGUAUGUUGAAUUGCACUAUAAAUUCAACUCAUAAAAUGACAGGAAAAAAUACACCUAAGAUUGCGUGUAUUAUGGAAAAGCAAGAAAUGAUAAAAGAUUGUAAGAGGACUCUUUUUAAUGAGCCAGAAAUAUGCCCAAUGAUAUUUCCUAUCACUACAGAAGAAUUUAGCAAAGUACCUAAGUACAUAAUUGGAAGACAAUCCUUAGAGACAAUUAAUAAUUUGAUAAAUGCCAUAAAUCAAACCUUAAUAGCAAAAUAUACGAUCUUAUCAAUGGGGAAGGCUACUGCUCAGAAAAAGGGUGAAAUUAAUCUAUAUUUACACUACAAAAAACAAGAGUUCGAUGUUCAUAAUGAAAAUGGAUACCUCUAUUUCUUCACAGCUGAAGAUUAUUACAAGCAAACAAAAACUAAACUCGACAAAACUAAAUUAAAUUUGAUAACUGCAUUGCGCCAUUGCAAACUUUUACGCGAAUGCAGGAUAAAAAAUGAAUUGCGUUAUGUUAUAAUACCACAUUAAUUAACAUGACCUAUAUCGUAUAUAUAGAUCUUGUAACAUAUUGUUUAUGUAAUUAAUUGAAAAAUUAUAUAUUAAAUUAAUGUUUAUGGAAAAAUUAUAAUUUACUAAUACUCUUUGGUAUUACUAUCGAAAUUAUAUAUACACUCACAUACACAGUU